AUGAUCCGCGAGACCGGCGCUAUUCAACUAUCAUAUCCACCCGGUCGCCCACGAACAGUUCGAACCAUGGCAUCAAUCACGAAAGUAAAGAAUCGAUUAAAACGGAGAAAAGUGGUAUCAUCGAGAAAAUUGUCGGCUGAAUUGGAUAUUUCUCGAACAAGCGUGAGACGAAUACUCAAGAAUGACUUGGGAUGUCGUGCCUACAAGAAAAUAGUUGAACCACUGCUCACUGAUGCUCACAAAGCCGAAAGAAAAAAGUUUGCAAAUUGGAUUCGAAAUAAUUUUCGAAAAGAACAAAGAAUUAGCUAG